AUGGAUCGCGCAAGAAAACGUGAAUUGCGUUCUCUGAACGAGCGCGCGUGGGCGGGCGAGACUGACCUGUUCGAGGUCAACAAACCUCUCGACUCGAAGCUGGCAAAGCACACCGCAUAUAUCAAGCGACUGCGCACCGCCGUGACUGCCGCCACCCUGCCCACCUUUAUCCAAGAAAUCCGAACUCUCAGCCUGCAUCGUUACUUGUCCGAGAUCAUAUCCGCCUGCUACGAAGGUCUUACCAAGCUCAAGGCAACAGGAGGUGAUGUUGAGGCAGGGGUUGAGAUUGUCAGCGCCCUGCAUCAACGCUUUGGGCCAGACGAGUUCACCCAACAGCUUGCAUGGCAGCUCGGCCGAGGCAUCGCCACCCUUGAUAAGAGCUAUCUGAAGACACUGCCUCCCGAUGUCCGAGAGAAGGAGGAGAAGCAACGACCGCUUCGUCAGAAGGCCCUUCUCCGUGUCAUCACUGAGCUGUGGCUCGUGGGCGUCCUGAAAACCCUCGACGAUGUUAUUCCCGAUGACACCGUCAAGAAUGCUUCUGGCAAGGUCCCGGAGCUCAAAGCCCGGAACACCAAGGGAGGCGGCGCGGAACCUUUCCCACUGGAGGUUUUGAAGGACUUGUUGGGGCACGACCGUGAUCAUUCCAACCUACCCUUACUUGUCACGUUCGUCAAGACUUUCUCCUGGGAUAUCUUGGGUGUCAGGAAGACAGCAGGCGCCGAAGGUCGCAGAGCUUUGGACGAAGAAGCUGCAGGCAAGACCACUGAUGGCCCUGGUGAGAAUGAGGAUGGCGAGCUAUCGAGUGAUGACCCGCCUCUGGUUUCAUCUGAGUUACAAGAGCGCUUCAAGAACAUCCUCAAGCGCUAUUUCGAAGAUGUGAAGGCUCACCUUCUUCGAGAUCAGAAGGCCAUCUUCUCCCAGUCUCGCAAGAAUGCCGAGGCAUACGUUAAGUCCGGGGAGGUAUUCGAAGACCGACAGGCGAAUUUCGACAAGCAACUCAAGGCCCAGGAACGCCUGGUCGCCAACGCCCAAAUCCUCGCCGAUACUCUGGGGCUAGACAUGCCGGAUCUGAAAGACCACGAGGCCUCGAAUGCAUUGGCGAAUGGGGGUAUUGGUAUUGUGAAGGCGGGCGAGUACUUGCGCGGGCAAGGCGACGGAGCAGGGAUCUGGCAGGACGAGGAUGAGCGUCGCUUCUACGAAAACCUGGCUGAUCUCAAGGGGAAAGUGCCUGGAAUUCUCCUCGAAGAUGCCAAGAAGAAGAAGCCCGAAGGCGAUGAGCAAGUGGGCAAGAAGAUUGAUUCUGCUGAAAAUGGUGAAGUUCUGAAGGCAGGCGAUACUUCUUUGGACGAUCAGACCACUGCGAUUGCCAACAAGACCAUCGGAGCCCAGGUUGAUGCCAUUAUUCUGCGUCUACCGGAUCUUACUACCAAGGAGACAAUUGACCAGACGGCCAUCGACUUCUGCUUCCUCAACUCGAAGGCUUCCCGGAACCGCUUGGUCAAGGCUCUCACGGACGUCCCCAAGAACCGCGGUGAUCUUCUCCCGUGCUGGGCCAGGCUCAUCGCCACUCUGGGCCGAUACAUGCCGGACAUUCCCAAGGGUGUCAUCGAGUACCUAGAUGCGGAAUUUCGCAGCCUGCAAGCUCGCAAGAGCAAGGAGUUCCUGGCUCAGGUUCGGAUCGGCAACAUCCGCUACCUGGCGGAGUUGACCAAGUUUGGCAUUGUCCCAGAGCACACCGUCUUCCACUGUCUCAAGGUCUGCUUGGAUGAUUUCUCCAAAAUGAACAUCCAGAUCAUUUGUGACCUCCUUGAGAAUUGUGGUCGAUACCUGCUGCGAAACCCGGAAACCGCGCCUCGCAUGACCUCCUUCUUAGAGACCUUGCAGCGCAAGAAGUCUGUGCAGCAUAUCGGGCCCAACGAGCGGAUGCUGAUUGAAAAUGCCAUAUACUACGUUGAUCCACCCGAGAGACCCGCCAUUCAACAGAAGGAACGAACUCCUCUGGAGCUCUUCGUCAGGAAGCUGAUUUAUGUGGACCUGUCGAAGCGGACUCUCGAUAAGAUCGCGAGACAAAUCCGCAGGAUGCACUGGGAAGAGGCAGAGGUCCGACAGGCUCUGGAAAAGGUCUUUUCGAAGCCCGGCAAGGUCAAAUAUGGUGCAAUCCACCUCCUGGCCUCUCUGCUCGCGCACCUUUACAGGUACCGCACAGAGUUUGUUGUAAAUGUGAUCGACAACAUUGUCGAGUCUGUCAGUGCGGGUCUGGAACAAAACGACUUCAAGAACAACCAGCGACGUAUCGCGGAGGUCAAAUACCUGGCGGAAAUCUACAACUACCGUCUGGUCGAACACGCCGUUGUCUUCGAUGUCAUGUACAAGAUCAUGACCUUUGGCCACGGCGGCCCGCCAAUUCCCGGACGCUUGAAUCCCUUUGAUUUGCCUGACGACUUCUUCCGUAUCCGUCUCAUCUAUUUCAUUCUCGAGGCUUCGGGUGUCUACUUCAAUAAGGGUCCUGCAGGCAAGAAGCUUGACUACUUCCUCUCCUUCCUUCAGUAUUAUAUCUUCACGAAGAAUCCACUGCCCAUGGAUAUCGAAUUCUUAGUCCAUGACAUCUACACUGGCACCAGGCCGCAGUGGAAGCUGGCAUCGAACCUGGAGGAGGCCAGCAAGGCAUUCCAGCUGGUGCUCGCCCAAGAUCGGAAGGCCGCUGGGCUUGAUGGACCAGAACCCCAAGACCAAGACGAUGAUAGCAGCGGAUCAUCAACGGAAGAUGAAAUGGCAGACGUCGAUGACGAUGAUGAAGCUGAAGUCGACGAGGACGAGGGUGUAGCAUCUGAUGAUGAAGAUGAUGAGGAAGACGACGAGGCAAGUUUGGACCCCACGGACGAGGAUCGGCAGACGACUUCGGAAGAGUCUGUUGACGAGGCCAUCAUCGUAACUCGCCAGGAAGAAGAAAUCGACCCCGAGGAAGAUGCCGACUUCGAACGCGAAUACGCAAAGAUGAUGUCCGAUAGUCUGGAAUCCAGGAAGCUCGAUAGACGUCCCGUAUUCGACGUGGCGCUGCCAGUCCGAUCGAGGCCUCGUGAGACUACCAUACUCACUGACCAAGGCGACGGUGACUCUGAGGCUCCGGCUCCGGCUCCGAAAAUGGCGUUUUCGGUACUCACGAAGAAGGGAAACAAGCAACAGGUCAGUCCCUCGAUCUCCAAUACAAGGAUGAAGACUAAUUCUAUCCAGACUCGAACGCUGGAGCUACCCACCGACUCCCACUUUGCGGUUGCUAUGAGAAGCCAGCAACAGGCGGAGCGUGAGGAACAGCAGCGCAUCAAGAACCUUGUGCUCAACUAUGAUCUUCGUGAGAACGACGGUGAAGAUGGUUCCGACAGCAAGCCAAUCACCCACCAUCACAACCAUCGUUACGACAAAGCCAACAACAAAAACCCCGGACAGCGAAUCAAGAAGCUCCAGUUUGAGGACUUUGAGUGGUAUGAGAAUUCCGAAUGCAACCCAGAGCUCGACGGCGUUUCUGGGCACGUCGAAAGACGGCGACAACAGAAACGUCUGUCAAAAUCCGAUCUGGGGCCUGUGAAUGAGGAUGUCAGACCCCAUGACACCAUGGGCGAUUUCACCGUGGCAACUCCGCAUUCUCGGCCUUUCCGUCGCUAUCGACCGACUUCGCAGAUGACCGAACACGCCAGUCUAUCUCAGUACACCUGCGAAAACAUGAGAUGGUCCAGUCGUGGCACCGAAGCGUUGAGAGUUAGCGAAAAGUUAGAGAUGAAAGCCGGGGAGGAGCGAGAGCAGUGGAGAGGCAAGAACACCGCGACGGCAAAGACCUCCGAAGCCGGUCGCGACAAGGACCUCCACAGUGACGUUCCGACCUGGCUGACCUCGUGA